GCACCAAGGCGGACUUGGAAACGCGUUUAAACGAAUUUUUUUUGUCGCAAAACGUCGAGCCCGGUCGUAUCCGAUUUUCAAUAAAAUCGUCGAGUGCGAUCGAGGCACUAAGUGAUGACGAGCAAGGCACCCAGGACCUCGCGCUGAGCGAAAGGGCGGUCGGUAAUCCGCAAGGACACCACAACCCCGUAGCUCAAAGCGACCCGGGCACCUCACACUCGAACUUACUCGACUUUAACGCGAGUUCGUAUGCGACUGACACCAUUCAGACCGCACACAAACAAAUAAAAGCAAUUCGUCAAUCCGCACGCGAUAGUUCGAAACAACCGUCACUCGAAACACGGUUGUCGAUUCUCGAAGACUGUCUGACCCGCCAUUUCGACGACAGCCGUUGGAUUGCGGAGAGCAUCAGACGCAUCGAACUCGGCAUACCGGCAUCGAGAUCCGAGCAGACCGAACCGACGCAUCAACCGCAGCCCUCACACAAACGGACUAGGGAGGACCAACAGUGGGACCAGAUAGGUAGACAAUCCAUGUCAGCCCCCCUUUUCCAUAGCACCGGACGGGUACCCGACGUACAAUUGUACGACACGAAUCGGACUUACAGCCGCGAAGUCGGAGAUGCAACACGACCUCCACACGCAUCCACCUCAUGGUACGACGUUAACCGUGACGCACAAAUCGAACACGAUCAACAUGAUCGAUCGGUCCACUUCGCGGACGUGUACCAUUCAGACCGGCUAACCGCCCCGACAUUCUAUGUCCCCGAACGUUCAGUACUCAUUCCGUAUGAGGAUUUGCGUGCAGCGCGAGCAUCCCUACCCAAGUUCUCCGGAACGAAGGCGGAGGACCCCGUACGGUUUUUGGAGAAUGCUGAAUCGAUCCUAGGACAGGCUAGAAUCCCACCAGCGGGUUGGACAAGGGCAGUCGAACCGCAACUAAAAGGGACAGCCGGAAAAUGGUGGACCUCCAUCAAAAUCCUGGACCUGUCCUGGCAUGAAUUUCGGUCCGAAUUUUUAGAAAAUUUCGACAACGCCGAAAUUCAGGCCCAGUUACGGGCAGAAAUAGUUUCUGCGCGACAGCCCGAAAAUCAAACCCCGUCCGAAUUCGUCCUCGCGAAAAACCAAUUAGCGCGCCGCGUUAAUACCGGUCUAUCUGAGCCACAACACCUCCCAGGCAAAUCGUACCGUAAGUCGGCUAAGUCGACUACUGGACCAACGAUUACCGAACAGUCGUCUUCGGAAAUAUCCUCCGUCAUUUCGCCCGUGGUUGCCCAAAGCACCACGGCCUCCAUCACAAUUUCCGACGUUCCAACGUACGCUCGACAACAACAAGUCGGCUGCGUCCCUCAAAUCCCAAACCUACACCACCCCAUUCACACGUACCACCCCAAAUGUGGUACACAACCGGCUUCAGGGGAAGUCUUAGGUGUAGAGACAAAGGUAAUAGGGAAAGGAACGGUUGUCACCAAAAACAACAAGGGAAGGACAAAUCACGCGUGUCCCCCCCUUUCGGAAGAUUCGCCUGCUCCAGUGGUGCGGUCUCCGAGCACAGAGGUAAUCGACAAGGAUGUCAUGGUAAUGGCGGUUCGCCCCAUUCACCAAAGACCCACCGUCGCGGUUAAGAACUACUUGCCCCGCUCGUAUGAGUCCCCCACGUUUGGAAACGCUAAACGAACAUGCCCCGACAAAAUCCCGACUCCAGCAGUGGAACUCGAAUUUAGGUCAGGCUUCGUAACAGCGCUUCUAGACUCACAGGCCCAAAAAUCGUAUGUAAGCCCAACCAUAGCCCGUAAAUUCGGAUCACCCAUAAACGGACUACCCACACUGGUUAGAAUGGCGGAUGGACACACCACCUCCACAAGUGGUACCGCCGCCUUCGAAGCCAAAAUCGGGGACCUCACCAUCCCUUUCGAAGCGACCAUAAUGGAUGAACUGUAUUGCGACGUAUUACUAGGACAUGACUUCCUCGUAGAGCACGAAGUCUCUUGGGAUUACGCCGCAUGCACUAUUCACCUGGGCGCUAGAAAGAGGACCACCACAUGUU